GUUUGUUCUGAAUGUCCCGUACGGAACCCAACAUGUUUAUCAGGAAGUGAAGGGCGGUGGUUGAGAAAAGAGCAGCUUCGGGCUAACUGUGUUUUGUAUUUGUCAGGUAAAACAAACGGGUCAAAAUGUCCAGCAAAAGAACAAAGGGAAAGACCACGAAGAAGCGCCCUCAGCGCGCAACUUCCAAUGUCUUCGCCAUGUUUGACCAGUCUCAGAUUCAGGAGUUCAAGGAGGCCUUCAACAUGAUUGACCAGAACCGCGAUGGGUUCGUGGACAAAGAGGACCUUCACGACAUGCUGGCCUCACUUGGGAAAAAUCCAACUGAAGACUACCUGGAGGCUAUGAUGAUGGAAGCUCCUGGACCCAUUAACUUCACCAUGUUCCUCACCAUGUUUGGGGAGAAGCUCAAUGGCACAGACCCCGAGGAUGUCAUCAGAAAUGCAUUUGCUUGCUUCGAUGAGGAGGGAGCAGGUUCUAUCCCGGAGGAAUAUCUCAGAGAGCUGCUCACGACAAUGGGUGACCGGUUUACAGAUGAGGAGGUGGACGAGCUCUUCAGGGAGGCCCCCAUCGACAAGAAAAGCAACUUCAACUACGUGGAGUUCACACGCAUCCUGAAGCACGGUGCCAAGGAUAAGGACGAUUAAAGAGCCACACCAGCAUCAUUCUUUCUACUCUACUCCUCGUGCGUUCCAAUACGCACCCCAUUUUAAACAACCAAAGCAAUAACUACCCACUCUAAAUAUCCACUCUUGUGUGCUGUGAACUUCCAGUAUUGCCAAAAGUACACGCAUCUCUAAUGAGAGGAACACAAAAAGAUUAAAAAUGUUUUUCCUGUCAUGUGAAGUGGCAGCAGCUUGGAAGCUCUAAGGGAUAAAUAAGGCUUUGCAGUUCAUGUGAUCAGGUUUAGCAGAAUUUCUACAUUUUAUAAUCUAAACUUUUUAAAUAAAGCCAUCUAUCAAGUUGUAUUUUGCUGACUUUAUCUCUUCCAUAAAUGAAAACUGAAAUAA